UCUUUUCUCCGUGAAAUAUAUAGAGUUGUCUCCCCGUCGGGCGUGUUUCUUCUUCGCGAUGGAGGCGAGGAGGUAGUUUUCGGAAGGUGUUCCAGUGAUCUAACAACCGCCGCGCGGCGAACACAGCUCGCUCGUUACGAAAUUAAGUACGUACGUAAGAGGAGUCCGUUAUUCGUGGCGCAAACGGUGGUUUCCUUUGCUCCCGCGCGUACUUUUCGGACCGUCGAAGGCCUCGAAAGUGCACAUACAUACACACACUUUCAUACACAUCGUGUUACGUUUGUUCUUCGGAUUAGUCACGAAUUAUAAAUGCUCGGGUUUUAGUGUGCGUGCGACCAGUUCGAGCACUUCGCACUCUCUCUUUUUUUCGUCUCCGUUUGUUUUUGUUUCUAUUUUUCGUUCGUUUCGUCUCCUUCUCCAUAACCUCCACCUGCUCUUCUUCUACUUCAUCGUAUUGCUCGUGUUUCGUUUGUUUCCUGAAUGAUUCAAAACACUUGAGGCUCGCGACCCGAGGAAGUCGACUUCAUCUGAGACCAGUAUUCUUUGUAGGUUUACAAUCGUAUCGAUUGGUAUAUAAUCAAGAAUGAAGAUGGAUCCAGGGAUCGUGUGCUUCCAGCAUUGCGGCCCGAAAAUCUUCUGUCUGAGCUUACCGGAGAGCUGCCCAGCCUGCAGAUCGGACCUGUCCAAGGCCGAUUUCUCACUACUUCCAUUUAGAGUUCCUUAUCCGUUCGUGAGAGCGUCACAGCACUCUUGCUCGGUGAUUAUAAAACCGACGACUGGUGAUUUCCUACAUGAUUAUUACAACUCGAUGGAUCUGCAUAUAGGUGUGACAACAUCAUCUGGUACUAUAGUAGAGUUCGAUAGGAACGGGCUGAGAAGGCAUAGAAAUUCGCAAUGGGAUCAAUGUUUGUUGCUUGAUGCAGCAACGAGUUCCUGGACAGAGCAUUGGGAUGAAGUGCUGAUGAAGGUGUGCAAGCAACCCAGAUGGUUGGCCAAAAACUACGACGAGGACACGAUGAACUGUUACUCCUUCGUUCUUACCUUCCUCAGAUGCCUUAGCUAUGGCAGCCUGAGCGCGGCCGCUGCCAACCGUACCGACUUCUGCGAGAAGUUCAUAGUUCCUAGGGCGACGGCGGCGGGAAAGUACAUCAGUCUCUACAGGAAGCUCAAGGAGAAGGGCUUCCACGUUCAUAGGACCAAAUGAAAUCGCAGAGCUAGUGCUAAACCAAAAUCUGUACAUACAACCAAUAUACGUAUAUUUAUUUC